AUGGUCAAAAGGUUUCUACGAAGGUUUAGUGCCAAAACUCAACUAUUAAAUAAACCAAACUAUUCAAAAACAUUAAAUUUACCUCAAACUAAUUUUGGUCCAAAACUACCUCGUGAUGAAAGAAGGAAUCAAUUAAUACAACAAACUGGAGUUGAUUUAUAUAAUUGGCAACAAGAAAAUAAUACAUGUAAAGAACCAUUUAUACUACAUGAUGGACCACCGUAUGCAAAUGGAGAUCUACAUAUAGGACAUGCGCUUAAUAAAAUAUGUAAAGAUAUAAUCAAUAGAUUCGAAUUGAUAUAUAAUAAUAAAUUAAUAAAAUAUCAACCAGGAUGGGAUUGUCAUGGUUUACCAAUAGAAUUAAAAGUUGAAAAUCAAUUAACAAAUAAAGAAUUUAAAGAUCCUAUGGAAAUUAGAAAAGCAUGUAAAGAAUGGGCUCAACAAAUGAUUGAAAAUCAAAAAUCACAAUUUAGAGCUUUGGGGAUAAUGACAGAUUUUAAUAAACCAUAUAUUACAAUGAAUAAUGAAUAUGAAAUUAAACAAUUACAAGUGUUUAAGAAAUUGAUAGAGAAUGGAUUAUUGAGUCAACAAUUGAAACCUGUUUGGUGGGGGUGUGAGACUCAAACUGCAUUAGCUGAAGCUGAAUUAGAAUAUAAUGAUAAUCAUAAGUCUGUUGCAAUAUAUGUAAAAUUUCCAGUAGUUGGGGAAAAGAUUAAAAACUUUGUAGGAGAUAAACUCAAGGAUAAAACAGUAAAUUUAUUAAUAUGGACUAGUACACCAUGGACAAUACCUGCAAAUAAAGCAAUUUGUGUUAAUGAAGAUUUUACCUAUUCACUUAUAGAAAAAGAUAAUGAAGUUUUGGUAGUAGCUAAGUCAUUAGUUGAAAAUAUAUUAAAGUUGGAUCCUGAUUUCACUAACAUUGAUAUUGAUAUACCAGGUAGUAUUCUAAUUGGUGAACAAUAUAUUAAUCCGGCAGCUGAAGAUGAUGUCAAAAAACCAGUAUUACAUGGAGAUCAUGUUGUAGCAACUACAGGAACAGGAAUGGUUCAUACUGCGCCAGCUCAUGGACGUGAUGACUAUUUAGUUGCUAAACAUAACAACAUCAAUAUAGAAGCUUCAUUUAUUGAUAAUUUGGGAAAAUACAUAGUUGAUCAAUUACCAAAAGGAUUUCAAAAAUUAGGCCCUCUUAAAGUUAAUGAAAUUAAAACCAACAUGUUAUGCGUUGAAUUGUUAAAGCAACACGAUAUGAUUUUUCAUUUAAAUAAAAAAUUCACACAUUCUUAUCCGUAUGAUUGGAGAUCAAAAACACCAGUUAUUCAAAGAGCUACUCCUCAAUGGUUUGUGAAUGUUGAAAAAAUUAAACCAGAUGCGUUGAAAGCUUUAAAUGAAGCUAAAUUCUAUCCAAGUUCUGGUUAUAAUAGAUUAAGUUCAUUCAUUGAAAACCGCAGUGAGUGGUGUAUUUCAAGACAGAGAUGUUGGGGAGUUCCGUUACCUAUAGUAUAUAAAAAGGAAAAUGAUGAACCAAUAAUGGAUUUGGAAGUAAUUGAUUACGUUAUUAAACAAAUUGAGAAAUUAGGUACUGAUGAAUGGUUUACAAAAGAAGAAGAUGUUGGUAGAUGGUUACCAAACAACUUAAAGGGUUCAGAAUAUUAUAAAGGACAGGAUACAAUGGAUGUUUGGUUUGAUUCUGGUACUUCAUGGACAUCAUUGCGUGACAAAAUCGAAGAAUGUAAUGAAUCUACAACUCCAUUAGCUGAUGUAUAUUUGGAAGGCAGUGAUCAACAUAGAGGUUGGUUUCAAUCUUCAUUACUUAACAAGAUCAUAUAUUCUGGUGAAAAUGGAAAUACUUUUAAAUCUGUACCGCCUUUUAAAAAUGUCAUAACUCAUGGUUUCAUAACCGAUGGUAAAGGUCAAAAAAUGUCAAAAUCAAAAGGUAAUAUUUUCUCACCACAACAAGCCAUGGAAGGUAAUAAAAAACCAUUGACCCCAUAUUUGGGAACUGAUGGGUUAAGAUUAUGGGUUGCAUCCUCAAAUUAUAAACAAGAUGUUAGUUUCAACCCUGAAGUUUUAACUAGAGUUAGUGACAUUCACAAAAAAUAUAGACUUACAUUUAAAUAUUUAUUGGGUAAUUUGAAUAAUUUCCAAGGUCCAAUUGAGUACAACCAAUUAUCAAGUUUGGACGGAUUUAUUUUAAACAGUUUGUAUGAUUUACAAGAAUCAUGUGUUGAAAAUUAUAAAGAAUUUAAUUUUUCAAGAGUUGUAAGUUCAAUGAAUUCACAUGUUAAUUCAGUCCUUAGUGCAAUCUAUUUCGAUGUUUGUAAAGAUUGUUUAUACACAGAUUCAACCAACUCAAUUAGACGUAAAUCAAUUCAAACUGUUCUAAAUGAGAUUUUAAAAACAUAUAUUGGAAUAUUGGCACCAAUUCAACCAUUAUUAGUUCAAGAAGUAUGGGAUGAGUAUAAAACAAUUAGAAAAAGUGACAUUGACUCACCAUUUAAAUUACCAUGGGAGUUUUUUGAGCUUCCAGUUACAUACAAAACAGAAAUGGAUCAAUUUAAUUCAUUUUUUAAAUUAAGAGAUGAAAUUUAUAAAGAUAUAGAGUUGCUAAAACAAAACAAUUUUUUCAAAAAUAAACUAGAGUUGGAAAUUCAAUUGUCAGACCCUUCUGGUGAUUCACAAUUAUAUAAAUUUUUAAAAGAUAAUGAAUCAAUAUUAGAUGAUUUAUUUUUGGUAUCAAAAGUUUCUUUAGGAGGUGAUACAACUCAAACUUUUUUAGUGAAAGGUGAAGAAAUUGGAGUAACUAUCAAAAAAUCAGACGAUCAUAAAUGUGGACGUUGUUGGAAAUUCACAGCCAAUGAUCCAGAAUCAUUAUGUAACAAAUGUGAAACUGUUGUAAAUAGUAUGUAA